AUGGCAUUCCUAAUUCCUCCCUCAACUUUAGAAAGCCAACCCUUCAGUCCCCUGCACUCCCCACCCCUGCAGAACAGAAUGACAUCAGGGGACGUGGGAAUUUUAAAAUCAACUCUUCUCCCUUCAUUUGGAAUAUAUGCUUCUCUUUCACUUGGAACGUACCUCGCGGCUGAGGCAACCGACCGAGUUGAGCUGAAGGAUUGGCUUUGGCCAUCCGCUCAAGUCCUCAAUGCGUGGUGGAUCGCCGUCGGCCGACCGAUGCAUAUGCAUGAUUUGCCCUUCAGCACCGUCUGGGGUGCCCAAUCAUGGACCGAAAAGGUACUUCUGAGCUGCGUUACUAUCUGGGGUACCAGGCUCUUUUUCCGGAUCGCGGCGCGAUCUUUGACUCGCGGGAAAGAUGAUUCGCGAUAUGACGCUGUCAAGAAAGAGCCCGGAUUUUGGAAACGUGCUUUCGGGACAAUCUUUUUACCCGAAGCACUCGUGCUGACCAUUAUUUCCUUGCCAUUUACUGCACCUCUCACAAUUGGCAACACCACUCUGGCCCUUGGCGAGGAUGCGCUGAAUGCAAUUCGGGCGCUUGGUGUUGGCCUAUUUGGCAUUGGAUUUGGGUUGGAAGUGCUAGCAGACACACAGCUGGAGCUUCAUCGCCGAGAGCGAACUCACUUGUGUCGGCAUGGCGUUUGGAGUUUGGUGCGACAUCCAAACUAUCUGGGAGACACGUUGGUUCAUUUUUCUUUCACAGUGCUCAAUAUGGCUGGGAUGUGGAAUCCAACUGUGCUUCUUGGGCCUAUCAUGAACUACAUUUUCCUUCGGCUUGUCGGUGGUGAUAAGCAGACCGAGGCCAGCCAGCUGGAGCGAUAUAAGUCCGGGGACCCUCUCAAGUACAACCAACUUGUACAGUGGCGAAAAGAAAACAACAGUUUCUGGCCUGCACUGCGUGAGCUUGCGAGUCCCUGGGCAUUUACUGUUCUUGGUUGUGGUUUCAUCAGUGUGGUGGUUGAGGAAGGGUUGAGAGGCUCCUUUGAAUUGUAA